AUCCGAAUUAACCUGUACAACCCUAACCGAUUCACUAGUUCUGUAACCGCCCGCGAUACCCACCCCUUCCUCUCUCAUACCCUUCAUCCCUUUGACUUUGAGUUCUGACCGCUGUGGUUUCUCUCCCUCUUCGGAUACAUCCAGAGGAUCAUCUAUACCAUCUAGGCCAUCACCAAAUGAUCCGUCUCCAACUCCGACCGGUCUGAUGUAGUCGGAGAACGAUGCGCGCAUGAGUACAUGCGGGCGGUGGAGGAGGAGCUCGGCGAGCUUCUGGAGGAAACCCAAAAUCAAUUGAAUGAAGCAGAGAAGAGGAGUGGAGCAGAGGCCACGAUUGGGACUGGGAGAGAGAAACCACGGCGGGCGGUCGGAGGAAUGAAGGGGUGGGUAUUAGUGUACGGUCGGGUGGUUACUGAGUUAGUAAACCGGUUGGGGUCGUACGGGUAAUUUGGAUGAUUAAGUGAAAUUUUUUAUUAACAUUUUUAAUGAUAUGUUAUGCUGACUAGGUAAAUCUAAUAGAUUUUUGAACGGAAGUGGACGGAUUGAACUUUUGGUUAUUCACUUAAACUUUUAUUAUUGAAACGUGCAAAAUU